AUGGUGCUUGGGUUUGAGAUACUACUUGACUGCAAUAACAAGGUUCUAGAAUUGAAGAAAGAAGAUACAACUUGGGUUCUUGUUGAUUGGAUUAAUUAUAUGGAUCCUAAUGCCAUGACUACACUUCUUGGAGAUCCUAUUUGCAACAUAGAUGAAGAGGAAUAUUGGGAGGCCUGCCAGCAUACAUUAAAGAGCCCGUAUGAACUAAGAGACAAUGAUGAAGAUGAGGAAGAGGGAACAUCUCCUAGUGAUGAUGAAGAUGGAAGUGAAGAUAAAAGUGAUAGUAGUAGUAACAACAACAGCAGUGAUAGUGGACAUGAUGAUGAUGACAGUAUCACCAAUAGUGACGACAAUAGCAGAAGUUAUGAUAGCUCGUACAAUGGUAAUGAUUGGGGUGAACCCCCUAGUGAUAGAGAAGAUGAAGAUGAAGACCUAUUCUUUGAGGAAUAUAACAGUGAUGUGGACUAUUAUGAUGAAGACAUAGAAGACGAUGCCGAAGCCAACAAAUGGAGCGACACUAAUAGUGAUCAAUACAAGCUUAUAAAUGUGUUAGAGAAUGCAAGAGAGGAGAAUGCACAAGCCAAUCAAAUGUAUCAUGAUGAAUAUUCCUAUGGGCACCUUUCAGAUUGGAGUGAUAUCACUAAUGUUAGUUCAAGGUUUGGCCCUUGGUAUGACAAACAUGGAAGAGAAGUUUCGGAAUUAGGGUCAUAUUAUGAUUCAGAACCAAGUUCACCAAUCUCGCAUACUGAAGGGGAGGAUGACAUAGAUGCCAAGUUGGCUGCUUUAGACCAAAACUUGAUGGUCCACAGUCUCAAAAUCAUGACACUUGAGAAUGCUGAAUGUAAUAAUGAGAGGAUGGAAGAAAGUGAGUUAGAGCAUCUCCCUUAA